CGUGGCAGAGCAGACCGAGAGACAAGAUCAACACACCAGCUGCAACGCUCCGACACCAGACAAGGAACUCAGAAGCUGCAGGUGUGACUUAAAAUGGAGUCAAAUCUGACAGGCAACGUCAAGAGUAACUCUACCGAGUGUCCGCCCAUCGACGACUUCCGCAACCAGGUUUACUCCACGUCCUACUCCCUCAUCACCGUGCUGGGCCUGGUCGGCAACGGCUUCGCCCUGGUGGUGCUGAUCAGAACGUACCGCCAGAGCUCACCCUUCCACAUCUACAUGCUGAACCUGGCUGUGUCCGACCUGCUGUGUGUCAUGACGCUGCCGCUGAGAGUUCUCUACUACGUCAACAAGGGCCAGUGGAACCAAGGCGAUUUCCUUUGCCGCGUCAGCUCCUACGCUCUCUAUGUAAACCUCUACUGCAGCAUCUACUUCAUGGCUGCCAUGUCUGUCACCCGCUUCCUGGCCAUCGUCUUUCCCGUGCAGAACAUGCGGCUGGCGACGGAGACCCGCGCUCGCCUGGUGUGCGUGGGUGUCUGGGUGUUCAUCUGCCUUUCAUCCUCGCCCUUCCUGAUGUCGGGCCAGCACACUGACCCCAUCACAAAUAAAACCAAGUGCUUCGAGCCACCGAAGACUAGUGGUAGCAGUGUGGAUAGACUGGUCAUGCUGAACUAUUUGUCCCUGGUGGUGGGCUUCGCCCUGCCUUUCCUGGUCAUCCUGCUCUGCUAUGCUGGCAUAGUCCGCGCCUUGCUGUCCCGCACCAACUCCGCUCGACGUCAGCAGGGCGCGAGCACCAGAGCCAUCCGCAUGAUCGUCAUCGUCCUGCUGACCUUCCUGAUCUGCUUCAUGCCAUACCACGUGCAGCGCACCAUCCACCUGCACUUCCUGUCGUGGACAGACACCCCCUGCUCAGAGCAGGUGACCAUGCAGAAGUCGGUCGUGGUGACGCUCUGCCUGGCCGCUUCCAAUUCGUGCUUCGAUCCGCUGCUUUAUUUUUUCUCGGGAGAGGGUUUCCGCAGUCGCUUGUCCUCCCUGCGCAACACACUGAAGGCCAGCAGACUGAACCGCAUAGCCAGAAAAAAGCCCGUCACAGUCUCUGCGGAGAACCACCAGCUGAAGGACAGUUAAUUUGCACUAGACAAACGAGCAUCUCGGGAUCUGUUUGAAGGAACACUUCACCCACAACAGUAUCAUUUGUACAUCACUUACUCGCCCCGUGUUGCCUUUAAUUCUCUAAGAAACCUUUUUACCUUGCAUGCCUCUACAGUGAAAGGAGAAUACGACUGGUUAAAUGAGAAUUUAAUUAUAGGGCACGAUAUGCGUGAGAGUUUGUAAACAGAUGUUUGGAUAUAGUUUUGCUGUCGUUAAAGCCACCCCCCAUUUACCUCAAUUCAACAAGACUUUUUGGAUUUUUUACGAGAAAAAAAAUAAUUUCUUCACAAAUUCAAGGUAACACGGAGCGUAACUGAUAUACAAAUAUUCAUCCAGUGGGUGUAGUAUUCCUUUAAGGAGCUCAGGAUGGGUUGUGUUUACACACAUGGAAGGAGUUGAGAGAAACAUAAGGAGGAGAUGAACGGAAGAAUAAAGUGUUACCAGUAAGGGCAUGAAGAGAGUAUUUAAACAGCGAAGUAGCAAGUCUCAGUCUCAUUUAUUAUUCCAAAGAAUGACAAGUGUUCAAUAUUGUAGUGAUGUUGUUCUGUAUUAUCAUUAUGGCAGUAACAAUUAGCCUAUUGUGUCCCAAAAGUUACUCAAACCGUGGAAUUACAAAUAUGAAUUCACAGUAUAAAGAUGUAUGAAUGUAUUGUAGAUACUUUUGUAAUAUGUUUUUUAUUGAGUCUAUCAGUAACAUGUCACAGGGACAGUGAAUGGAGAAUCUUGUCACUGAGUCACAGCCUGCGUAUGAAACUAAACUAUGCUGUGUUGACUACUGUAGACCUUUACUUUUCUUCUUCUGGUUAUUCCUCUAUCAUUGUUAUUUUUUAGCGUUUUUUUGUAGCAAUUUUAAUGUUGUCAUGACUGUAACCUUUUUUUUAUUAUGAGUUAUUGUCAUUUUCCAUGCUUAUCAUAAUUACUUUAACUCAAUUUGGAUUCAAAAUUGUUGUUUUUGUGCUUCUGAUUUUUUUAAUUUUGUGCAUCUUUUCUGUAAAUACUAUUGAUGAUGAUGAUGAAUUAUAAUGUUCUGAACCGUG